AUGGCGCGUUCUGGGGAAAUGUCCGUCUCUUACGUGAAAAUGUUCUACGGCUGGUUUGACGCUAGAGGAGACGAUGCUCUCAAUCCCUGCGCCAGCUGCUCGUGCGAGCUGCCCCGUUCUACGAAUCCUGCUGUGACCGGAGCGGCAGUGACUGCCGUACUGCUGGUGGCCUGGCUCAUGUCGGUGAUACUUCUGAGCCUGCUCACCGUCUGUUGCCGAAGGAUCUGUGGACUUCACCGGGAGAACGAAUCCUUCUGUCUCCACAUCGAGAAGCUGCGUUGCCAGCUGCAGAAGCAGGAGGACGAGUUGAUCACCCAGCGGAAGCAACUUGCACGGCAGCACGUCGAUGAAAUGAAGCAUCUGGCCACAAGAUGCAUCACCGCCGUCCACGGCGCCCCCAACAUCGUCAUGUCCUUCAAACUGGCCUUCGGAUGUAUCAAGAGAUACAUCACCGCCGUCGGCACAUCUGCCACCACUGUCACCGGAGCUGUCAGCACCGUCACCAAGUGCUGCUCGGAUGCCGCUCGAUGCAUCCACAGGCCCAUCGAUGCCAUCAUAAACUCUGCCAGCUCUGCCACUUCCGUCACCGCGACAAGAUCCUCCACUGCCAACCCCACCGCCACCACCGGAUCCAUCACCCAUGCCAUGGCUGCCACCACCCCCACCGCCCACGUUGUCAGACGCUAUAGAUGCAAGCGCUGGAACAGACUUAGAAAGCCAUUAAAUUCCAGCACUGGUCGAAGCUCAAGAAAGUUUCGUAAACAUUGAAAAUAGGAAAUAUAAUUUUCCCCUCAUGACACAAAACCCCAAUUAAAUAGCUGGACAAACACAACACAUAAGUGCACACACUUUGACAAAGAUCCCUAUUUUGACUUUAACAAGACUCAUGGGAAGUUCUGUUUUUAAACACCAAUGAAUACCGGCAUG